AUGCGUUUCCAGACAUCCUUGACAGCUUCUAUGCUGCUGGCAGCCGCGACUGCACAGGGUACUGUGCAGGCAUGGGGACAGUGUGGUGGCAACGGCUACAGUGGACCGACGGUCUGUGGACCAGGAUACACCUGCUCAACUCAGAAUCAGUGGUAUGCUCAGUGCACUCCAGGUGGCUCGCCAGCGACAACGACCUCCGUCCCAGUCCAAACAACACUGCAGUCUACCUCGGUCAAGACCACCGCGCCGCCCGGCAAGCCCACGACUCUGACGACCAUCGCCACCGCCACCAGCAACCCAGUCGGCGGCAGCGGACCCGGCACCCCGUCCACCCUCCUCCCGAAUUGGUAUUGGAUCCGCGCUGUCGCAGAGCCCAACUACCACUCGUACCUGCAAGCCCGUCCUACGGGGGCACCCGCACAGCCCGGGUCCUUUGCGUACCUGGGCCAAAACACACAUGCGGCGCAGCUCAACGUCAUCUCGGGCCAGCUCGUGCUGAACCGCGGCGAGGGAGUGGCGCCUCUCUACAUGAACGUCGAGAACCCGACCGACAAGACGCAGCGGCGGCUGACGACCUGGUUCAACGCGACCGAGAACCCGUACGGCACUUUCGCCUUCCAGGGGGACACACUGACGUGGAGCACGCCCGACAUCAAGCGGCCGAACCUAGCGGCUUGGUAUGUGUGUGGGGACCAACAGCUGUUUGUCAACACCGGCGCGUACUUGUACCAGACCCCGGAUGGGUGUGCUGAUCAGACAAUUCAUUCCUAUGGAGGGUCGGAGGCCAAUGUCUAG